AAGUGGAUACGUUUUUCCCUCUUGCGCUACGAGACCUCACCAUUUCCUAAAGUUAUUUUCAGCCAAACAAUUAGCUACAGGAAAUCAGUUCCAGAUCCACCUCUAGCCUACCAUGUUUGAACCGGGUUCUGGUUGUGGUGUUCCAGCCCAGAGAAGCUCACAGCGGGCUCCAGAGAUGCUGUCAGUGACGCUGGGGGACUGCAGUCAAACAUUGAAACUCAAUGUGAUUGUCAAGGAGGAGGGCGAGGAGAGAGAAAUCAAUGAGGGGGAGGAGGAAGAGAGAGAGGUGGACAGGGACUCUGUUGACUCAGCAGAGAGCCCCAUCCCAGAAUCAGUCAACGAACCCAGUUCCACAGCAUCAAUACUACCUGGUUGUGGGAGUUACCCCUGUCCUCAAUGUGGGAAGUGUUUCAGUCGAGCAGGAGGCCUGAAGACUCAUCAGAGGUCCCACAGUGGAGAGAAGCCUGCCAGUACUUUCAAUGUGAUUGUCAAAGAGGAGGAGGAUGAAAAGGAUAUCGAUGAGAAGGUAAAGAGAGAAGUUAAGGAAGAGCAGGAAACUAGUGGUGUAGUUGACCCAGAUACAUCAAGACUAUCUGCUCGUGGUCGAUUCCCCUGCCAUCAGUGUGGGAAGAGUUUCCGUUCCUCAGGUAAUCUAAAGAAUCAUCAAAGAGUACACACUCGAGAGAAACCAUUUCACUGUGCCACAUGUGGGAAGAGUUUCCGUGAAAAAUUCAACCUCACGGGACAUGAGAAGGUACAUAGUGGGGAGAAGCCUUACCACUGCACCCAGUGUGGGAAAAGCUUCAAUCGUUCUGGAAGUCUUAAGGAACAUCAAAGAGUACAUACAGGGGAAAAGCCUUAUCACUGCUCUCUUUGUCAGAAGAGUUUUAGUCAACCAGGAAAUCUUAAGAAACAUCAGAGAAUACAUACAGGGGAGAAGCCUUACCGGUGCUUUCUGUGCGGAAAUAGUUUUGGUUUUGCUGGAAACCUAAAGAAUCAUCAGAGAGCACACUGUGGAGAGAAGCCUUACCACUGCUCUCAGUGUGGGGAGGGAUUCCUUCAACUAAAAAGUCUUAAAAGCCAUCAGAAAAUACAUAUUGGAGAGACGCCUGCCUGUACUUUCAAUGUGAUUGUCAAAGAGGAGAAGGAUGAGAAGAAAAUUGAUGAGGAGGAAAUGAGAGAAGUUGAAGAGGAGGACAAUAGUGGUGUAGUUGACCCAGAUACAUCAAGACUGCCUGAUCGUUACAUCUGUCCUCAAUGUGGAAAGAGUUUCAGUACCUCAAGUAAUCUUAAGAAUCAUCAAAGAGUACACACUGGAGAGAAACCUUUCCUCUGCUCCCAAUGUGGGAGGAGUUUCAGUGAGAAAGUAAACCUUAAGAGACACGAAAGAGUACAUAGUGGAGAGAAGCCUUACCGCUGCACCACAUGUAGGAAGAGCUUCAAUCAUUCAGGAAGCCUUACAAAUCACCAGAGAAUUCAUACAGGGGAGAAACCUUAUCACUGCUCACUGUGCGGAAAUAAUUUUCGCUUUGCUGGAGACCUAAAGAAUCAUCAGAGAUCACACAGUGGAGAGAAGCCUUACCACUGCUCUCAGUGUGGAGAGGGAUUCACUCAGCUAAGAAGUCUAAAAAGUCAUGAGAGAAUAUCCAUUGGAGGGAAGCCUGCCUGUGCUUUCAAUGUGAUUGUCCAAGAAGAGAAAGAAGUUGAGGGAGAGGAGAGUGAUGUGAAAUAAAGGUGAAGUGAGGAUCAUAAGCUAACCCUUUAGGUAUUGAAAUUCACACCUAACCUUGCAAUGGUGUCUUUUGUGACAACAUGGUCAUGGGCAGCACCAUUUAGGGCUAUCUUCAUCUUAUUUUACUUCUAUGAGUGUAUUGGAAGUUCACAAAUAGGCCUGUAUGCUGGGGCUGAGUCUAUAUAGGCCUGUAUACUGGGGCUGAGACUAUAUAGGCCUGUAUACUGGGGCUGAGUCUAUAUAUGCCUGUAUACUGGGGCUGAGUCUAUAUAGGCCUGUAUACUGGGCUGAGUCUAUAUAGGCCUGUAUACUGGGCUGAGUCUGUAUAUAGUAUAUACUGGGGCAGAGUCUAUAUAUAGUAUAUACUGGGGAAGAGUCUGUAUAUAGUAUAUACUGGGUCUGAGUGUCCCAAAAUGAGUGUCCCAAAUGGCGCCAUAUUCCCUCUGUUGUGCACUACAUUUGACCAUGGGCCCUAUUUUUAGUGCACUGCAUUUGACCAUGUGCCCUAUUCUGUAGUGCACUACAUUUGACAAUGGGCCCUAUGGGCUAUUCUAUUGAAUACAAAAUAAGUCCAUAGACUCCAGUAGAAUUCAGUUGUGGAUAUUUUUUAUACAUGAUUAAACUCAGUAGAAGGGCUGGUUUCUAUUGACAUCAAGUCUAUUGUUAUGUCAUGAUCUGGAUGGAACCGGUGUUAUUUAGAAUAUUGUUCUGUUCCGGAACAGUAUAGAUCCCUUUUGUUGUCAGUUCUGGUUCUGUUCCUUGAAAUUCCGGUUUUCUUUUCUGUUCCCUGAACUGGUUCCAACCCCUUGUUUAGAAUAUUGUAAAGUAUCCAUUAAAUAAAUAAUAA